GAGACGUUUUGUUGAUUCCGAGCUGAAACUCAACUGAACACGGAGGAACUGCUCCAGGAUUAGUUCACUGCUCUGUUUCAGAGAAAGUAUUUCAUAACUUCUAAAUCUGUUAUUCAAUCGUUCCACUUCUGUGAACCGACAGGUACUGAUUCGACCCAGUUCUGGUCAGAUCAGCUAAACCCUGAUACAUAAUUUUUAGCUUGCACAUGCGUACUAGCAUCCUCUUUAAGUUGGGAGUUUAGCCGACGUACGUCUCUCUUCUCUUUAGUGCGUUUUUCAAGGUGCAGUGAUGUCACAGAACGACAUCAUUGAUUUUUCUGCGUUGGAGAAGGAGCUCAAGGCUGCGGUUGAGUCUGAAAGCAAAUACCAGCGGGAAAACCAAGCGAAGCUGAGGGCCGUGAGCCAGGGAGUGGAUUACGAUCAGUUCAGAGGUCUGGUUCUGACCUCUCACCUGAAGCCUCUGGACAAGAAGGACAGAGACGGAGCUCCACGGAAACAACCAUGGAACCCUGUAGCUCCUGGAAACACGUGAUGGAGCAUCACUCCAGGCGGCACAGAGCAAUCUCCGUCCAGUAUUAACUCUGUGGUGUGAUCCUGCUGUUGGUUCAUUUAGGUUAAGAAAAUGUAUCUCUUUAUUAAACACCAAGAACUCCA